UCUACUCUCUAUAGGGAGAAAGAGAACACAUAAUUAAAAAAAAAAUAUCUUCAAAGAAUGGGGAAAUACGCGGAGCUGUUGGAUGCAGGCGUGAGAAUAGCCGCUAGGUUUCACUCUCACUGUCCUCAAACGGCGCGUCUCUAUUACCAUCCUCCUUCCGACAGCCACCACCAUCACGGCGUCACCGACUUAAUCGGAGGUGGGGUUUUCAGUGGGUCGGGUCAAGAUUCGACCGGGUUGGUAGGUGGGUUAGGAACCGGAACUGCUGCUAGUUGCGGUCUCAAGUCUUCUCAAGGGUAUGAAGACGCUAGAGAUCUCUUGUUAUUCUCUUUUGUCUGAUUUAUUUCUCCAAAAAAUGAAAAAGAAAAAUAAUUAUUAUAACUUUUUGAUGAGCCAAGUUUUUAUUUUAAUUUUAUUUUUCUGUUUGCUUUAUUGAUUGAGACAGCUGUUCUUAUGAGGUUACGUGAUACAUUUUGUUUCUUGCAUGUUCUGUAAUGGUACAUGUCUUGUUUUGUAUUAAAACUAAACGAUAGAAGAAGACUCAUGAUUCAACUGUGUUGUUUA